UUUCAUUUGACGUAGACGUGACGUCGACGUAAAGCGCGAAAUUUGACUGGCGGUCGGAAGUGAAAAAGAUAAGCGCAAAAUCACAGACAGACAGUACGCAAAAUGCCUAUGUCCUGUUGUGUUUACGGAUGCUCCAGUAGGUCGACCAGAGAAACCGAUAAACGGUAUUUUAGGGUACCAAAAAUAGCCCAACGAAGAGGAGAAAAAUGGAAAAUUCUAACCGAAAAACGUAGGAAAAAAUGGAUUUUAAAUUUACGUUUACAGUCGGGAGGAGCAAAGUCUGCCAAUGCCCGUGUCUGCAGCGACCACUUCGUCAGAGGCUGCCCAAGUGCUUUGGAUGACGAAGAGUCGGAGGACUGGGCUCCGACGGUCAAUCUCGGCUACGAACGAAAACCCAGAUCGGAAUCAGUUCUCAAACGAGAGAAAAGAAUGAAGCUUAAGGCAGAACAGCAUCGAUGUGCAGAGGCGAUUUUGGAUAUGCAACAGACGGCUGAGAGCCCGGAUUUGAGACUAGUGACAGUGGAGAACCCCGAACUGCAGCUUCCAGCUGAGAAUCCACAACCAGAAGACUUCAGUGUGAAUGAGACAUUCACUUAUCCAGGCUGUGCGGCUGCUGGAUGCCAGACAGAGCUGACGAUGGAUGACAUCGAGAAGAUGGAGGAUGUUUUGAGACAGAACACAGCAGAGCUGGUUGAUCUUCGGAGCAAGGCUCUGGACACACAGUUCAGCCAGGAGGCUUAUUAAAAAAAUGAAGACAAGACAAAGUUCUACACAGGGCUCCCCAACUUCUUAGUUUUAAUUCAGAUUUUUGAACUGAGCGAGCCCUAUAUCACCUCGGGACCUAUGUCUUUGUUGUCCAAAUUUGAACAAUUCAUACUAGUUUUGCUGAGGCUGAGACUAAAUCUGCCCCUGAAAGAUUUAGCUUUCAGGUUCAAUAUUUCUCUGUCCACUGCUUCUAGAGUUUGGCAUAAAGUAAUUGACAUACUUCAUAAAAGGUUAGAGUUCCUAAUUGAGUGGCCAGAGCGACAUGUUCUUCAAGCUACGAUGCCACUGAGUUUCAGACAGGCAUUUGGAUGUAAAGUGGCUGUGAUUGUUGAUUGCUUUGAAGUCUUUAUUGAGAGACCAUCUAAUCUUCUUGCACAAGCUCAAACUUGGUCCAACUACAAGCACCAUCACACUGUAAAAUUUUUGAUUGGUGUUGCCCCCCAAGGCUACGUCACUUACAUAUCUUCUGCCUGGGGAGGGAGAGUUAGCGAUAAGCAGAUCACAAUAGAGAGUGGCCUCCUAAAGAACUUGUUACCUGGAGAUAUUGUCCUUGCAGAUCGUGGGUUCAAUAUUGGCGAUAAUGUGGGGUUUUACUGUGCUUCACUACAGACACCGGCAUUCACUAAAGGGAGAAAACAGCUGUCAGCCUAUGAAGUGGCAGAGACAAGGAAAAUAGCCAAUUUACGUAUCCAUGUUGAGCGAGUCAUAGGUUUAGUCAGGAGGAAAUAUCACAUUCUGCAGAGCAGGGCUAUGCCAAUAGAGAACAUGUCCACAAAGCCAGGUGAGACACAUGCAUUGAUCGACAAGAUUGGGGUAAUUUGUUGUGCCUUAUCAAAUCUCUCCGAGUCUGUUGUCCCACUGGAGUAAGGGGGGUGGGUGGUAAUCAAUCAGUUAAAAAAAAUUAAAUGUCUUGUCACUGUCACGGCUCACAGAAGGGGGUGGAGAGGAAGAGUAGUGUCCAGUAUCUGCUGCUUGGCUCUGGUGAUAAGUAGAACAGGGUAGAGUAAUAGUAGUACCUAAGUCCUGACUCCUGAUUAGUCUGUAAAUGUUUUCAAAUGAAAUAUUUUUCUCCAACUGUCAUAUUGUGCUGGCAGUUUGUACAGUAUUAUACUGUGAGAUGGAUUGCAAUCUAUUUUGUUUAUUUGUUUAAAAGUCUAAUCUUGUAAAUA